UCGGAGCUCAUGUCGCAGCCCACGGUCGGCUUCCAGGGCGUGCCCGGCGCGUACAGUGAGUCUGCGUCCAUCGAGGCCUUCGCCGCAGCCGGCGUGGACGAGAUACAAGCUCGCGGCUUCCACACUUUCGAGGACGUCUUCGUGGCGCUCUCAAAGGGCGCGAUAGACUACGCAGUUCUCCCGGUCGAAAACACGCUCGGCGGCUCCAUCCACGUCAACUAUGAUCUGCUGCUUCGCUUCCACGGCGCCGUGCACAUCCUGGGCGAGUACACCCUCCGCGUGCGCCACACGCUCCUCGCGCUGCCCGGUGUGCAGCUCAACGACAUCAAGAAGGCGAUGAGCCACCCGCAGGCGCUUGCACAGACAGAGUCGUACCUGCGCACGGCGGGAAUCGCGCCCCUCGUCGGGUACGACACCGCCGGGUCAGCAGAGCUGGUGGUGCAGCAAGGGCUGCGCGACACCGCCGCGAUCGCUUCCAUCCACGCGGCCAAGGUGCACGGCCUCGAGGUGCUGGACUACGGGAUCGAGGACGACCCGAACAACUUCACGCGCUUCCUCAUCCUCUCGCGCGCCGCGCCGCCUCCGGGCGCGCUUCUCGGCUUCGCCGCCAAGACGUCCGUCGUCUUCACACCGCACCGCGACGAGGCGGGCGUCCUAUUCAAGGCGAUGUCCGUCUUCGCGGUGCGAGACAUCAACCUCUCCAAGAUCGAGAGCCGGCCACACAAGCCGGGCGUGCUCGGCGCGGGAGCAGGCCCAGCCGCUGGCGCUUCGGGCGGCGCAGAGGCGCGCCGAGCGUCCGCGGCCAACGGGACCGCGGUUGUGCCGGCGGCUAGCUUCGAGUACACCUUUUACGUCGACCUGCUGGCGCGCCGCAGAACCGACGCCUCUCCGCCCGCCUCCUCCGGCGCGCGCGUGUCGCACGGGCCAGCCACGCGGCUCCGCGUCGGCAUCGUCGGCUUCGGAACCUUCGGCCAGUUCCUCGCCCGCCGCUGGGUCGGGCGCGGCCACGCUGUCUUCGCUCACUCGCGCGGUGACUACGCGAAGACGGCGGCGGGCAUGGGGGUGGCGUGGGUGCCAGACGCGGCGGCGCUGUCCGAGCUGAGCGUGGACGUGCUCUUCGUCGCAACCUCGAUCCUCUCGUUCGAGAAGGCGCUUGUGGUAGACGUCCUCUCCGUCAAGGCGCACGCCAAGCAGACAAUGCUCGCCGUGCUGCCCCCGACCGCCGACGUGCUGUGCACCCACCCCAUGUUCGGGCCCGACUCUGGGCGGCACGGCUGGCAGGGCCUGCCUUGCGUCUACGACCAGGCGCGCGCCGCGCCGGACGCCGCCGACUGCCGCGGCGCUGUGAACGGCGCCUCCGGACGCUGCCAGAUGGUCAAGCUGUCGUGCGAGCGACACGACGCGCUCGCCGCCGCGUCGCAGUUCGUGACGCACCUCACCGGCAGACUCCUCUCCAAGCUGCAGCUGCAGCCGUCGCCGAUCGCGACGCAGGGUUUCAAGGCGCUGCUCCAGCUCGUCGACAACACGCGCGCACCGCCCUCGCUCGGCCUCUUCUGCGCGCGUGAACGGCGUCUCUUCACAGCGGCUGGAGUGUGGACAGGCGCCGCCUUCUCCGAGCUCCGGCGCGAGAUACUCGACUUCGGCGCGGCGCCGCCUGCGCCGGCCGGUGAGAUUGCAAUCUCGCGCACCGUCGCGGCGAUGCCCGCGUCGGCGACGGUCGCCAUCUCGGAUCUCGCCAUCGAGCUCAAGCGGCAGGGCAAGCCCGUCAUCUCCCUCUCGGUCGGCGAGCCCGACUUUUCGCCUCCGCCCGAGGUGAUGGAGGCGGCGCACGAGGCGCUGCGCGAGGGCAAGGUCAAGUACACCGCGCUGGCGGGGUCGCACGAGCUGCGCUCCGCCGUGUGCGACGAUUUGCUCCGCCGGAAGGGCCUCAAGUACGAGCCGUCGCAGGUGGUCUGCUGCUGCGGCGCGAAGCAGGCGAUCCUGCAGGCUGUGCUCGCGCUGUGCAACCCAGGCGGCGACGUCACCGCGCCGACGCCGCGCUGCGACAUGUCCAGGACGCGUCCUCUUGACGCCACAGGCGACGAGAUCAUCGUGCCGACGCCGUACUGGCCGUCGCACCUCGGCACCGCCCAGCUGCGCGGCGCGAUGCUCAUCCUCUGCAACCCGUCCAACCCGACCGGCGCUCUGCUCCCGCGCGCCGCCCUCGAGGGCGUCGCGGCGGUGCUGCGGCGCCACCCGCAGGUCGUCGUCCUCGCCGACGAGAUCUACGAGCUCAUAGCGUACGACGAGCCGCACGUGGCCUUCGCGACGCUGGAAGGGAUGUACGAGCGCACCCUCACCGUCAACGGCUUCUCCAAGGGGGCGGCGAUGACGGGCUUCCGGCUCGGCUACGUCUGCGGCCCGCACGGCGCCAUCAAGGCGAUGGCAAAGGUGCAGGGCAACAACACGUCCUGCCCCUCCUCGAUCGCACAGCACGCGGGCGUCGCCGCCGUCACGCACGCGCACGGCGCCUUUGCGGAGGCCGCCACCGCAAACUUCCGGCGCAAGCGCGACUACGUGGUCGGCCGGCUGCGAGGCAUGGCCGGCGUGAGCUGCCCGGUGCCGCAGGGCGCGUUUUACGUCUUCCCCACCGUCUCGGCCUUUUACGGCCGCACGGCCCCCUCGGGCGCCGCGCCGCACGACUCGACCUCGCUGUGCGACUACUUGCUGCGCGAGGAGCAUCUCGCCCUCGUGCCCGGCGCCGGCUUUGGCGCGCCCGGCUGCGUGCGCAUCUCGUACGCCACGUCGAUGGAGGCGCUGCAGGAGGCGAUGGACCGGAUGGAGCGCGGGCUGGCCAAGCUCUGCAAGUAGUCACACGCGGCGACACCGCUCGGCAUCGCGCCCCGAUCGCGCAUGACUGUUGACUCUGGACCACACGAGCUGUUAGUUAGCGGCGCCGUCUAUUUGCCGCACUAUCUUACCGUGCACGCGGAGUCCGGUCCGGGCGGUCGCGCCGCCACCGCGCAUGGAACAUUAAAAAA